AUGGACGCCGACGCGGCUCCGGGGGGCAAUCAGGCCGUCCAGCUGAAUUUGGAGCAGUCGGUGGGUGACGUGGGCCCCAUGAUGAUGCCCGACAUGAUGGACAUGACGGACAUGUCUGAGAUGCAGCAUUACAUGUUCGCACACGGCUUCGAGGAGAUGAUGCAGUAUCAGCUUCACGCCGGCAACGAGGUCUUCCCGCGAGGGUACGGCUACCAUGGCCAUCGUGGCAACAAGGGCUGGUACUAUGGCAAGGGCGACUCGCAGGAACGGCGCUGGUACAACCGACCCAAACAGGUCGUGAAUCCUGACGAGCCGCCGCCGAAGGCAACGAAAGCUGGACGGGAGCUCCGUGCUCUCCUGGACUUUUACUUCGAGCCUUUCAACUUGCAGCACAACAAGUACCUCCUUGACUUGGUCCUGCUGAAGCUGGGCAACGCCCCCCCGAAGCGGAAGGCCCGCUGGUCCGUCAACCACCUCGCGGAGAUGAAGAUGACCUUCGAGGAUUUCGGAGUCGGGAAGAUCAUCUCACUCAUGGCGACUGACAGCAAAUCCCGGUUCAUGUUUCGCUGCAGGGCAGACGACCUGUGA